AUAAAAUUUCCCAUAAAUUAUCAUUCUUUCUCCCUCGCUUUACCUUCCUCAAGUGAAAAUGCACUGCUCCAAUUUCAUUUCCUCCGCAGAAACAAUUGCCGGUAACGAGGAUCUCCUCGCGGAAAUCCUCUUACUGUUACCGCCGAUAUCCCUUCUCCGAUUCCGAUCCGUCUCCAGAAGUUGGCUUUCUCUGAUUUCCAGUGCCCGAUUCUGUCACCUCCACACUCUCCUGAGUCCCACCCCCAAAAUCUCCGGCGUCUUCCUCCGAAAAUCACCAACGGAUUUUCAAUUCCUCUCUCUAAACUCAAGUAAUUCCUCGCCCUUCCCUUUCAAAUUUCAUGGUUUCGUUGAGGAUCCGGCGGGUAUCAAGAUUCUGCAAUCUUGCAAUGGCUUGCUCCUCUGCUCUAGUCUCUGCAAAAUCGGCGCCACCCGGACUUAUUACGUUUACAAUCCUACAAUUCACAGAUCCUCUUCCAUUCCUCCGAUCAUUGGUGACGUCUCUACGGUCAUUUUCGGCGUUAAUUUGGCGUUUGAGCCUUUUAAAUCGCCUCACUACAAACUAAUCUGUGUUCGAAGCACUGCGGAAUCAAUGUACCAUCAUCAAAUCGAGAUUUACUCAUCGGAGACCGGUGUUUGGACGCUGUGUGGUGCUCUAAUCGUCGCGCCUUUCGAUAUGGUGUUCGACAAUGGCGUGUUCUGGAACGGUGCAAUUCACUGGAUAAGCCCCAGGGGAAAUUCCUUGUAUUUUGAUGUCUCUAACGAACGGAUUGGAAGGAUGCCGACACUUCCGAUUCUUGAGCGACGGAAUUCCAGACGGUUUCGUUACUUCGGGGAGUCCAGCGGCCAUUUGCAUCUGAUGGAAAUCUAUGGCCCUAGAGGAACCAGCUUCAAAGUUCUGGAAAUGGAAAAGGAUUACUCCAAAUGGGUGGUCAGGUACCAUGUUGAUCUCGAUGCCCUUGUUUCUGCAUAUCCUGAAAUGCUGCGAAAUUAUCUUGAUUCUCGUGAAUCCAGUUAUUACGCUUUCAUAGUACUUUUGCUUAUUAGGGAAGAAAAGGAAGAGUCCUCUUCACUGUUACUGCAUAUUCCGGGCAAGAUCAUAUCCUAUAACAUAAGGAAUAAAACAAUCAGGGAACUAUGUCACCUACCCACAAACAGCAGGGGAAAUGGUGAGGGAAAGGAAUCAUUACAAUUCGGAUGGCUUGAUGCUUAUCAAUAUUUUGAGAGUCUAGCUUGUGCUUGAGGUUUGAGAAUGGUAAUUGUUUUCCCGUGUUUGAUUGUUGUACAUUGGAUUGCGGUUUCUGUUUUCUGUUGGUUAAAUUAUGAUUGGUGUUGCUGUGUUUUCAGCACUAAUGUCGAUUGAGAUAGAGAAAUGUCUGGAAAUGGGUGGUGGUUUAGAUAAUUUUCAGACUUUCAAGUAUGUGUUCUUGUUUGAGAAAAACACAUUUUCUCCAUUUGGAUUGUCCCCUUUCAAUCGUAUGUGGGUAAGGUAUGCAUUAAAAUCAGUUUAUUGUU